GGGUGUACUUCGAGUGAGCUAGGUGAGGUGUUUGUAAGGUGAGCUACAUUGAAUAAUUUAGUUAAAGUUGCCGAAGAUAUGCAUAUGUCAACGUUAAAAUAGAAGUUUUUAUUAAAACAUUCUUUUAACAAAAGAAGUUCAGUCUGUUUCUCUCUUCCUUAUGUUUUAUUAGAGCAACUUAGGGAAGGAGUGUUGAUAAGGUAAAUCUCACAGUCCCAGUUUGUGUUUGAAGAUGUAAAAAGAAAACAGCUAAAAACUUUGAAAUAUACGGAUACAGACUGAUCGCGAAGUAAUAUUAAAUUUGUUUAUACCUAAAACAUCAGUAAUCUAAACAUACAUGACGAUAGGAAAAUCCAACAGAACAGUCUGGAAACCGUUGGUGUUUCUGAGCUACUAGCAAGUUUCGUCAUUCAACCGUCGGUGGACACAUCUCAUACUCUACCGAGACGAACACUGAACUAACACUAUUUCGGUACACAGGAGCGCACCGCAAAAGUUUGUAGCAGUCUCGCGGCUCUACGCAACUGCACGGAAACCAGCAUUCGGGGGUUGUGUAAAUUUUAGCAAACCCUUUCGUCGGGCAUAGGUCAGCUCUGGAAAUCUAAGCUGAAACCACCAAUCCACCUGUUGUUCCAAUCCAACUAGGUUUCGCCAAAUAUUUUUUUUUAGUUCCAAAAACAGUAACUUUUAACUUGACGUCCUUUGGGGGAGUUGUCCACGUACGUUUGAUAUUGACUUGUUGCUUGAAUACCCGACAAAAUAACGAAAGUUUCGUAGUUUCCGGGAUCAGCUACUAAGAGUUAAGUUGGUCUGUUCUAGAGAAACAAGACAACCAGAUGCAAAAGUACGACAACAAAUAAGAGAAAAACUUCAAGUUACUUUUGAGGACGACCACCAAAGGUUGGAAUUGUUCAAGAAAUCAAGAAUUGGACACCUCUCGUUUCGGAUUCUCUAUCAGAUUGGAACACAAAUCAAGGAUUCUCUAUCAGAUUGGAACACAAAUCAAGGAUUCUCUAUCAGAUUGGAACACAAAUCAAGGAGUAAACAGAUUCACGGAAUGCCAGACAGCAGGAGCUACUGAAACUCGUGAGGCUUUACCGGAACCUUGUUAAAUGUGGUCCAAAGUAAAUCACGUAGUUACUAAGACUCGGGAUUAAAUAUUACCCAAGUUUCUUCGCUCACCACUUGUGGCGCCACUGUCAAGUUUGACAAAGUGGGAACACUUGUCAUAAGGAGGAGGAUGUGGCGUCUCGUCGACCCGUCACUCAUCAUGCGGCGACUGAUAAUGAUGCUACUGUUGGCCUCAAGCAACUUGGAGUUUUCACUUUCAUUACGAACAGAAUCCUGUAAAACAGCCCUUGGGAUGAAAUCGGGUGACAUUAAAGAUGAAGAUAUCACAGCAAGUUCAUCAUACAACGAUGCUGUAGGUCCCAGAACAGCCCGGCUGGAACAAGAGGUUAACAGUGGGGCCUGGUGCCCAUCCCGCCAGAUUGAUAAAGACACACACGAGUACCUUGAGAUCAACUUGUACAGUUUGCACGUGAUCACACAGGUAGCCACUCAGGGUCGAUUUGGUAAUGGGCAAGGCCAAGAAUAUGCUGAACAAUACAAACUGGAGUAUUGGAGACCAGGAGUACAUGAGUGGAUUCGUUAUAGAAAUAGGACAGGACAUGAGAUUCUCCAGGGAAACACAAAUACUUAUUUUCCAGCCAAACGAAAAGUUGAUCCUCUGAUUAUUGCUUCCAAAAUACGGUUUGUCCCUCACAGCAUUCUCCUUCGUACUGUGUGCAUGCGCGUUGAAGUCUAUGGCUGUCCUUGGACAGAAGGAAUUAUCUCGUACUCCAUGCCUCAAGGGGAAAGGCGUGGCCUAGAACUUGACCUGUCUGACAAUACUUAUGACGGGGUCAAGGACGACAGCUACCUCAACGGUGGGCUUGGUCAGUUGACUGACGGAAUCGAAGGUGAUAAUAAUUUUAAAGCGGACGUUCACGGCCAUGGGAAAGGCUAUGAGUGGGUGGGAUGGAAGAACGACACAUCCUAUUCCAGGCCUCUAGAGAUUGUGUUUGCCUUCGACUCAGUUCGUAACUUUUCUUCACUCUACUUCCACUGUAACAAUCUGUACACCAAAGAUGUUCAAGUAUUCUCCACCGCCAGGCUAUGGUUCAGCAUCGGAGGCAAGUACUACCUGGAUGAUCCUCUCCGCUUCUCCUACAUGGCCGACACGUAUAGCGACAAGGCUCGCAAUGUGACAAUCUUCUUACAUCACCGGAUUGGCAAGUUUGUAAAGGUCGAGUUGACAUUCGCCUCCCGUUGGAUCCUCAUCAGCGAAGUCUCCUUUUCCUCCGUUCCAGCCCAAGGGAACUUCACAGAAGAAGAACCUCCUGCAGCGCCGCCUAUAGUAAGUACGGCGAUGAAUGAUGACUCCCUAUCCAGCCAGUACGUAGGACUGGUCAUUGGCGUUUUAGCUGCGGUUAUUCUUCUCCUUAUCAUCGUGAUCUUCAUCAUCAUCGCUCGUAAUCGUCGUCGAAAACACACAACACCUCACACCAUGCUCAAGCCCGUGGAGAACAGAGUCACCAUUAAUAUGAAGGAUCUGGGAAUCAGCUAUUCACCGUGUUCACCCGUGGGACGUCAAGCUAAUGGCAAUGUCUACGGCCAGGUGGCGCUGGAUGACGCUGACCCCGACAAGCUGCUUUACCAGGAGCCCCAGGACUUCAAGCCUUUCGGAGGAAUAUAUAGUAAUGACUCCACAACAUCUAGGGAAUACGCCGUUCCUGAUGUUCAGAAGCCCUCGACACCUCUUUGUCACCCACCUCCAACACCUGUGAACUUCCCCCAAACACUGGUUAAGCCCCCGCAUCAUCCUAGCGAAAAACAUUAUGCAGCUACAGAUGUUGUCAAACUUCCCAACAUUCAAGGGGUGAGCGGUAGCACCGUUUACGCUGUGCCUAAUGUAGAACUGCUCAAUAGAGAAGAACCUCCUGUCCGGGAGAUUCCUAGACACAGACUGAAGUUUCUGGAGAAACUCGGGGAGGGCCAGUUUGGAGAGGUCCACCUCUGUGAGGCAGAAGGUAUUCCUGAAUUGGUCGAUGUGCCUUGCUACGGUAACAAGACCUUGGUAGCGGUCAAGACUUUGCGACAGAAUGCGUCUGAACAGGCUAGAAAUGACUUUUACAAGGAGGUCAAGAUCCUCUCCCGGCUCCGUGAUCCCAACAUUGUGCACGUGCUGGGGGUGUGCACACGCGAGGAACCACUGGGAAUGAUUGUGGAAUACAUGGAAAAUGGUGACCUUAAUCAGUUUCUCCAACAACACAUUCCUGAAGGUGCAGCUUACAGAUCGGUGAACGCCAAAACCCUGAGCUACGGCAGCCUUAUCUAUAUGGCAACCCAGGUAGCAUCGGGAAUGAAAUACCUGGAGUUACUUAACUUCGUGCACAGAGAUUUAGCGACUCGCAACUGCCUGGUGGGCAGAGCCUACACCAUCAAGGUGGCAGACUUCGGCAUGAGUAGGGACCUUUACACGGCUGACUACUAUCGGAUCGAGGGAAGGGCAAUGCUUCCUAUCCGAUGGAUGGCUUGGGAAAGCAUCUUGCUGGGUAAAUUUACGACUAGAACUGACGUCUGGUCCUUCGCCGUUACUCUGUGGGAAAUCCUUACUUUCGCCAGGCAACAGCCCUAUUCGGAUUUGGGUGAUGAACAAGUGAUCGAGAACGUGGGACAUUUCUAUCACAACGAUGGUCAACACGUGUUGCCCUCUCAACCUCCUAACUGCCCUAAAGAGAUUUAUGACCUCAUGCGAGAAUGUUGGCAGAGAAACGAUAACGAUAGGCCUAAUUUUAGGGAAAUUCAUCUGUUCUUGCAAAGAAAAAAUUUAGGCUAUUCUCCUCAACUAUGAACUCGUUAUUCGAAAGUGAAGAUUUUUCCUUGUUCUUGAGCUUUUCUUUUCUAGAAAUGAAUCUGUUCUUUUCUGAAACAACAUUACGUCGAGCUUAAAAUGUUGUGUAUAGUCAGGAUUUUCCGAUGCCCUUAAGAACAUCGCGUUAAGCCUAACUUCAAGAACAAAAAUCAGUGUGCCAGCAGUAUUUCACAGCCAAAUAACUUGAUGGCAUUAUUUAUAGUACGACGUAGCCUGAACAAGUCUGAAACUCUCACUUCUGCGCAGUUUCUUUCUCUUUUUGUGUGUGGACUCCAAAGAAUUUGGCAAACUCUAGAUGUACAACUUUAUGGGUGCUAAGUACACAAAUCUUCUGUCUUUAGAAAAAGCUUCUGAGCACGAGAGUGAUGCUGCCAAGACAACUAAAAUAAAGAACAUUUGAGGCAGAUAAUUCGAAGACUAAUUAAAAUCAAGCUCAAAAUUUUCACAUGGUGAUAUCAAGAGCGUGUAAAGAAACUUCGUGAACAUUUUUUUUUUUUUGGUAGAGACCAUACCGAGAACUCAACAUGAGCGCCAUCUGUGAUCUCUCCAUAACAACCAUAUCAGUUUCAAUUAUGGAGUUUAUGAACGUGUUGUUGUUGUUGUUUCAUUUUCUUUCUUUUGUAAAUGAAUGGAACAUUACUUGUACAGAUCCUUAGAGCAAUAAUAAUAUGCUAAGCAUUUAUACAUGUGUGGAUUAUACGGUAACUGUAAGUUUCAGCAUUAUACGUGUGUGGAUUAUACGGUAACUGUAAGUUUCAACAUUAUACAUGUGUGGAUUAUACGGUAACUGUAAGUUUCAGCAUUAUACAUGUGUGGAUUAUACGGUAACUGUAAGUUUCAGCAUUAUACGUGUGUGGAUUAUACGGUAACUGUAAGUUUCAGCAUUAUACGUGUGUGGAUUAUACGGUAACUGUAAGUUUCAGCAUUAUACAUGUGUGGAUUAUACGGUAACUGUAAGUUUCAGCAUUAUACAUGUGUGGAUUAUACGGUAACUGUAAGUUUCAACAACCACAUGGUUAUUAGUACGUACACAUAAUCUUUACCAUGUUCAGAAUGAGACAUUUCAAUCGAAACAUAGACACACUUACUGAUACAAAUGUUCUUUAUAGGCCUUGAUUAUAUGUGAAUUAGUAGGACUCUGCUUUAUAACACAUGAGACAUUGAUAUAUAUUUCAAUUUAUCGAAAGUAGCCUUGAUAUAAUGAUGCUAAAACGCCCAUUCAUUUAUAAAUGUCAUUAUGAUGACGUCACCACAAUUUUUUUUUCUUCUUUUUUCAGGUAAGUAACUAUUCUACCGAGUAAUCUGAUCUCUUUUAGGAAUAUGUAUAUAUAUAUAUAUGAAUGUACCCUGUAACGUAAUAAAAGUUGGUAUGAGUCUCAAACUUUUUGAACAUUAAAAACUGCGUAGCACCCGCACUUCAAAUUUAUGUGAAAUGUUUCUUCUGACGUUUCAAGCAUUACCUGCGCAGUGAAACAAGAAUACAUUUAUAUGUGGUUUUUCAGUGAAUUAAUAUAUAUAUUCAUCUGCUAUUCAGGUACGUUAACUGGUUGUUACCGUAUUGAAAAUACCGUAAACUAUUUGCGUACGUUCAGUAUUUAUAUUUCUUUAAAUAUUAACUUCAAUCAUUAUCUUUAUUAUUAUUAUAAAUAUAAGAAUAUCUGAAAAUUUUUUUGGCCAACAAUAACAACUCAGCUGUGAUAAGAUGGUGGAAGCUAAUAUUGUAAAGUUUGUAAAUAUUAAGAUAAAAACGAUAACACCCAUCUAAUUCAAAACUGGGACUCGUCACUCGGAUAAAACCUGUAGCAGGAUUAUUCCUUGUUAAAAAAAAGUGAAAUAUUUUAAGAUUAUAUUUCUUUACAAACAAUCCCCUUGUGGGUCAGCGGUAAG